CGUCGUUGUUUUCUGUUUUCUCCUUACAACUAGACCUCGGUAAUUAAAUUACAAGUUAGAAAUGCUAUUUUAGUAAAGGAAUUAGAUCUUUUGAACAGAGAUUUGACUCGUUUUUCAUCAAGGCCUAUUAUAUAUUCGUUUAGGGAACUACAGGUGUUUACACUAAGUUUUCACAAUGUUUGAUAAUUCAGCAUUGUGGGACUUCACAAAAAGCUUCAUACAAGCAAACAAAUUUAAAGAUUAUCCAAAUGACAUUGGAAAAGAACAAUUGGGAUACUUAAUUGUUGUAUUCUUUGAGAGCGUUCUCGUUCUAUGUUUUGAGGGUUACGUGUUUGGUCAAUAUCGAAUAAGCAGUGAAUACCUCAGUGAUGAACGGUCCAUAUACAGCUAUUUAGCAUUUAUUUCCUUUGCAAUAUUGUUCCUGUGCUAUAUCUCAUAUGAAACUUUACAGACGAAGAAUUCAAUUCAAUUAUUCGGUAUUGCUAUCUUUCACUACUUACUUGACUUUUACUGUAUCACCCAAAUUUUUGCUUUUAAAACUGUUAUUAUUACACUUCCCGAUGAGUAUGGGUUCAAUACGAACAGGUUAUCUCCUCUUGCAGUAUUCAAUGAAUUUCUUUGGCGCGACAAGGCUACCAGCAACGGCACAAAAUUUUACGAUGAUUUAGAACCUGUUCUUAUUUUUAUUCCCAUCAUCACCACUGUCUGCAGUUUGGCUAUAACAUUCCUCACAUAUCGUGUAUACAAAGAAUUUGGUUGGAAUAUUUACCAGAAGAUUGGACCUGAUCUUCGAAUGCGACGCUACUACUUGACAUAUUUGAUUCUUGUCUCCAUGCUCAAGUUUGAUUUCUUCUUCUUUUUGACAUUGGUAAUACAGUUCCUCAUUGGCGGGGACGACUAUCGAGACGCAGAGUUUUACAUUACUAUAGUGACCGCAGUCUUUACAUUCUUUGUCUUAACUCUAUGUCUAUAUGCGGUAACCACAGAGAGUCGUAAAAUGCUCUACGUUACUCAAGCAUUGUUUGUUGCGGGUUUCGCUUUUGCUGGAUACCGUGCCAUACAUACACAACGUGAAACUAACUAUACUCAAUAUCUGUACCGACACAUGAACCUUAUUGUCUUAACUGUCAUAACUAUGUUCAUGUUAACUGUAACUGUCUGUAUAAACUUUUGUUGUCUUAAAAACUUUGACAAAGGCUUGAAAGGAUAUCUUGCCUAUUCUCAGAAAGUUGAACUCAUGCAUUUCAACCAAAACACAAUCCCUUCAAAAAUCCGUAUGCCGCUUGAUUCGUAAGCUAUCUGUCAAAUAGCAAGGCGCUGUGCUAGUACGCCUUACGAGUCUACUUUUUCCUCUUCUAGCGAUGUGUUUCUUCCUCCACUCUUUUAUCAGUUUUUGUUGUCUAUGUGUUAGAAAUAAUGACCUUUUAUUAACA